CGUGAGGGAGGGGGCGCUCGAGCCACGUCGUUGAAUCAAAUAACCGCUUCAAGCGCAGCUCCACUGUUUACGAAAGAGCAAGGGUGAGAACAUUAAUUACGACAGUCGCGACGUGUCUAAUAGAACCAAAUUCAGGACAACGGGACACCGGCGAGCCUUGAAUUUAUCCCGGUGGUCCCUACUAUCAUCCAAUAGCAGGAGGGUCUUCCCCCUCCAACCAUCCCAUUCAUUCAGGAUGUCCACUCCAGACCCUCCCAUUGGGGGUACCCCUCGACAGGGUCCUUCCCCAGGCCCGGGGCCCUCUCCUGGGGCAAUGCUUGGCCCCAGCCCUGGUCCUUCUCCAGGGGGGUCCUCUCACAGCAUGAUGGGGCCCAGCCCAGGGCCUCCAUCCUCAGGUCACCCCCUGCCUCAGCCUGGGCCCUCUGGAUACUCCCAGGAGAACAUGCACACUCUGCACAAACCUAGGACUGGUAUGGAGAGGACUGGUAUGGAGAGGACUGGUAUGGAGAGGACUGGUAUGGAGAGGGCUGGUAUGGAGAGAACUGGUAUGGAAAGGACUGGUAUGGAGAGAACUGGUAUGCAUGAGAAGGGCAUGAGUGAGGAGUCCCGCUUUGCCCAGAUGAAGGGCAUGCCCAUGAGACAGGGAGGGCACAGUGGCAUGGGCCCUCCUCCCAGCCCCAUGGACCAACACUCUCAAGGCUACCACUCCCCACUCGGCGGCUCUGACCACUCCAGCCCCGUCCCUUCCAACGGGCCCCCCUCUGGCCCUCUCCAACCCUCUAGCGCUGGCCCAAAUCCCUCAGACACCUCCUCCAACCCAGACUCCCAAACCCUGGGGGGCCAGAACCAGCAGCAGAACCGGCCCGGUGGGCCCCAGCAAAGUGUCUCCGGCCCUGGCCCUCAUGGCCCCAGCCCUGGCCCCACCACCCCUGGUGGCCCCGGAGGAGGCCCUACUCCUUUCAACCAGAACCAGCUUCACCAGCUGCGGGCCCAGAUCAUGGCCUAUAAGAUGCUGGCCAGGGGGCAGCCACUACCGGACCAUCUCCAGAUGGCUGUCCAGGGGAAGAGGCCCAUGGGGUGCAGCCCAGGGAUGCAGGGUCCGGGGCCAGGGCAGGGGGGACUGGGGCAGCCCAUGCCCAGCCUGGCUCCUGGAGGUCCUGGAGGUGUGGGACCAGGACCAGGAGGACCCAUGGGCCAGGGCUACAGCAGAGCUCACGGGAUGAUGGGACCCAACAUGCCCCCUCCAGGACCCUCUGGUCCAACCGGCAUGCAGGGACAGAACCCCAACGGACCCCCCAAGUCCUGGUCUGAAGGUCCGAUGGUAAACGCCGCCGCCCCCUCUAACGCCCCCCAGAAGUUGAUCCCUCCCCAGCCGACGGGCCGUCCCUCCCCCGCUCCACCCUCCAUACCCCCUGCGGCCUCCCCGGUCAUGCCCCCCCAGACCCAGUCCCCUGGGCAGCCGGUCCAGCCCUCACCCAUGGUGCCCCACCAUGCCAAGCAGAACCGCAUUACCCCCAUCCAGAAACCCCACGGACUCGACCCGGUGGAAAUACUGCAGGAGAGGGAGUACAGACUGCAGGCUCGUAUCACCCAUCGUAUAGCUGAGUUGGAGAACCUCCCUGGCUCUCUGGCUGGAGACCUGAGGACCAAGGCCACCAUCGAACUCAAGGCCCUCCAGCUGCUCAACUUCCAGAGACAGCUGCGUCAGGAGGUAGUGGUGUGUAUGCGUAGGGACACGGCUCUGGAGACAGCUCUGGAUGCGAAGGCCUACAAGAGGAGCAAGCGCCAGUCCCUACGAGAGGCUCGCAUCACAGAGAAACUGGAGAAACAGCAGAAGAUCGAACAGGAGCGUAAACGCCGACAGAAACACCAGGAGUAUCUGAGCAUUAUCCUGGCCCACGCCAAAGACUUUAAGGAGUACCACCGCUCCAUCACAGCUAAGAUCCAGAAAGCCACCAAGGCCGUGGCCACAUACCACGCCAACACAGAGCGCGAGCAGAAGAAGGAGAACGAGCGCAUCGAGAAGGAGAGGAUGAGGAGGCUGAUGGCUGAGGAUGAGGAGGGCUACCGUAAACUGAUUGACCAGAAGAAGGACAAGCGUCUGGCCUACCUGCUGCAGCAGACGGAUGAGUACGUGGCCAACCUCACUGAGUUGGUCCGGGCUCACAAGCUGGUACAGGCCCUCAAAGAGAAGAAGAAGAAGAGGAAGAAGAAGAAGAAGCUGGAGAACGCUGAGGGUCAGACUCCUGUACUGGGACCUGAUGGAGAACCUCUAGAUGAGACGUCCCAGAUGAGUGACCUACCAGUGAAGGUGAUCCACGUGGAAAGUGGUAACAUCCUGACAGGGGCGGACGCUCCUAAAGCUGGACAGCUGGACACAUGGCUGGAGAUGAACCCUGGGUACGAGGUGGCCCCUCGCUCUGACAGUGAAGACAGUGGAUCGGAAGAGGAGGAGGAGGAAGAGGAGGAGCCCCAGCCGGCAGUGCCUCCAGUAGUGGUCCUCCCAGUGUUAGUGGGGUUAGAGGAGAAGAAGAAGAAGAUCCCAGACCCAGACAGUGAAGAAGUAUCAGAGGUGGACGUACGACACAUCAUAGAGCACGCUAAACAGGAUGUGGAUGAUGAGUAUAACAGUGCGGAGGCAGCGUUCGCUCGGGGACUCCAGUCUUACUACGCUGUGGCCCAUGCUGUCACUGAGAGGGUGGAGAAACAGUCCACUAUACUCAUCAACGGACAACUGAAACAGUACCAGAUUAAAGGUCUGGAGUGGCUGGUGUCUCUCUACAACAACAAUCUGAAUGGUAUCCUGGCUGAUGAGAUGGGACUAGGAAAGACCAUCCAGACCAUCGCUCUCAUCACGUACCUGAUGGAGAACAAACGAGUCAACGGACCUUUCCUCAUCAUAGUACCGCUCUCAACCCUCUCUAACUGGGUGUAUGAGUUUGACAAGUGGGCUCCGUCUGUAGUGAAAGUCUCCUACAAGGGUUCCCCUCAGGCCAGAAGGGCCUUCAUCCCCCAGCUACGCAGCGGCAAGUUCAACGUUCUCCUCACUACCUAUGAGUACAUCAUCAAGGAUAAACAGGUCCUAGCCAAGAUCCGGUGGAAGUACAUGAUCGUGGACGAGGGCCACCGGAUGAAGAACCACCACUGUAAGCUGACCCAGGUCCUCAACACCCACUACCUGGCCCCCAGGAGAGUUCUCCUAACUGGGACACCGCUCCAGAACAAGCUGCCUGAGCUCUGGGCCCUGCUCAACUUUCUCCUGCCCACCAUCUUUAAGAGCUGCAGUACCUUUGAACAGUGGUUCAAUGCACCAUUCGCAAUGACUGGAGAGAAGGUGGAUCUAAAUGAAGAGGAGACCAUCCUGAUUAUCCGUCGCCUCCACAAGGUGCUCCGCCCCUUCCUGUUACGCAGGCUCAAGAAGGAAGUAGAGGCUCAGCUACCGGAAAAGGUGGAGUAUGUAAUAAAGUGUGAUAUGUCAGCUCUCCAGAGGGUUCUGUACAGACAUAUGCAGGCCAAGGGAGUCCUACUGACAGACGGCUCUGAGAAGGACAAGAAGGGUAAAGGAGGUACCAAGACUCUGAUGAACACCAUCAUGCAGUUGAGGAAGAUCUGUAACCAUCCCUACAUGUUCCAACAGAUAGAGGAAUCUUUCUCUGAGCAUUUAGGAUUUUCCGGGGGGAUAGUGAGUGGUCUUGACCUGUACCGAGCCUCAGGGAAGUUUGAAGUGCUGGACCGUAUCCUGCCCAAGCUGAGGGCCACCAACCACAAGGUGUUGUUGUUCUGUCAGAUGACCUCGCUCAUGACCAUCAUGGAGGACUACUUUGCCUACCGCAACUUCAAGCACCUGCGUCUGGACGGCACCACCAAAGCAGAGGACAGGGGCAUGCUGUUGAAGGCGUUUAACGACCCAGCCUCCCAGUACUUCAUCUUCCUGCUCAGUACCAGAGCCGGCGGGCUGGGCCUCAACCUGCAGUCAGCUGACACCGUGGUCAUCUUCGACUCUGACUGGAACCCUCACCAGGACCUGCAGGCCCAGGACCGUGCGCACCGCAUCGGCCAACUGAACGAGGUCCGCGUCCUGCGUCUCUGCACCGUCAACUCCGUAGAGGAGAAGAUCCUGGCGGCGGCCAAGUACAAACUCAACGUGGACCAGAAGGUCAUCCAGGCCGGCAUGUUUGACCAGAAGUCAUCGAGCCACGAGCGCCGGGCUUUCCUGCAGGCUAUCCUGGAGCACGAGGAACAGGACGAGGUCGGGGCCCCGGGCGGCGUGUGGAAGUCUGGGGGGUCUUGGGAGGAGGACGAGGUGCCAGACGAUGAGACUGUCAACCAGAUGAUUGCCAGGAGCGAGGAGGAGUUUGACCACUUCAUGCGUAUGGACCUGGACAGGAGGCGUGAGGACGCUCGGAACCCCCGCCGUAAGCCCCGUCUGAUGGAGGAGGACGAGCUGCCCACCUGGAUCAUGAAGGAUGACGCAGAGGUGGAGAGACUCACCUGUGAGGAGGAAGAGGAGAAGAUGUUCGGGAGGGGGUCCCGCCAGCGCAAGGAGGUGGACUACAGUGACUCACUCACCGAGAAGCAGUGGCUCAAGGCCAUUGAGGAAGGCACGUUAGAGGAGAUCGAGGAGGAGGUGCGUCACAAGAAGACCACCCGGAAGCGAAAGCGUGACCGCGAUGACCUCCCUGGCCCUUCCUCUUCCUCCUCGGGGGGCAGGCGGAGCCGUGACAAGGACGAGGACGGGAAGAGACAGAAGAAGAGGGGACGCCCCCCCGCAGAGAAACUCUCCCCCAACCCCCCCGCUCUCACCAAGAAGAUGAAGAAGAUAGUGGACGCUGUUAUUAAAUACAAAGACAGCAGUAAUGGUCGUCAGUUGAGUGAGGUCUUCAUCCAGCUGCCUUCGCGCAAAGAGCUGCCAGAGUACUACGAGCUCAUCCGCAAGCCUGUCGACUUCAGGAAAAUCAAGGAGAGGAUCCGUAGCCACAGAUACCGUAGUCUCGGAGACCUGGAGAGAGAUGUGAUGCUACUCUUUCAGAACGCACAGACCUUCAACCUGGAGGGAUCACUGAUCUACGAGGACUCCAUCGUGCUCCAGUCGGUGUUCACCAGUCUGAGACAGAAGAUCGAGAAGGAGGAGGACAGCGAGGGAGAGGACAGUGAGGAAGAGGAGGAGGACCUGGACGAAGGCUCCGAGUCAGAGUGUGAGUCAUCACUGAAGAAAGGAACCCGCUCAGUGAAGGUGAAGAUCCGUCUGGGACGGAGAGAGAAGAGUAGUGACCGGGGGAAGGGUAGGAGACGUCUGGGACGCACCCGAGCCAAACCUGUAGUCAGCGACGACGACACUGAAGAGGAGCAGGAGGAGGAACGCUCCCCCAGUGGCACCGAUGAAGAAUCCUAAAUGGAAACUAGCUACUUACUCCAACUCUACUUCCAUUAUUACCAGGUUUCGUUCAACUCCAUUUCAUAUCUACUUGGCACUGGGGAAUUUCACUUCAUAUUGACGCCAACUCCCUCCCUGUUAUGUAAAUUAGCACAGCUUUCAUAACAACAACUACUGGACCUGAAGCACUGCUUAGGUGUGGAAAAUAGACUAAUUAAACUACUACUAUUAAACUAAACUACUGCCUCAUACUGUUAGUCGAUCUAAACAACCUUGUUAAUGUAAUAUGUGUCAAUUACUAAAAGUGUUAUUUAUUAUGUCUGGUGUAUUUUGGGGGGGAAGUUGAGGCCAUAUACAGCGCCUUCAGUAAGUAUUCAUACUGCUUGACUUAUUCCACAUUUUGCUGUGUUACAGUCGGAAUUCAAAAAUAUAUAUUUUUUUUUGACACCCAUCUACACACAAUACCCCAUAAUGACAAAGUGAAAACAUGUUUUUAGAAAUGUUUGCAAAUCUAUUGAAAAUGAAAUAUCUAAUUUACAUGACUUGAAUCAAUACUUUGUAAAAACAUCUUUGGCAGUGAUUACAGCUGUGAGUCUUUCCGGGUAAGUCUCUAAGAUCUUUACACACCUGGAUUGUGCCACAUUUGCCUUUUAUUCUUUUCAAAAUUCUUCAAGCUCUGUCAAAGUGGUUGUUGGUCAUUGCGAGACAACCGUUUUCAGGUCUUACCAUAGAUUUUCAAGUAGAUGUAUGUCAACACUGUAACUCGGCCACUCAGGAACAUUCACUGUCUUCUUGGUAAGUAACUCCAGUGUAUAUUUGGCCAUGUGUUUUAGGUUAUUGUCCUGCUGAAAGGUGAAUUAAUCUCCCAGUAUUUGGUGGAAGGCAGACUGAACCAGGUUUUCCUCUAGGAUUUUGACUGUUGUUUCUUUUCUAUCCAGAAAAACUCCCCCAGUCCUUAACAAUUACAAUAUGUAGAGUGGUACUCGGUAAUGGAUUUGCCCCCCAAAACAUUGCAUUGCCUUUUCCACAUUUUUUGUAGUAUUACUUUAGUGCCUUGUUGCAAACGGGAUUUAGUUUUAUUCUGUACAGGCUUCCUUCUUUUCACUCUGUCAUUUAGGUUAGUAUUGUGUAGUAACUACAAUGUUGUUGAUCCAUCCUCAGUUUUCUCCUAUCACAGCCAUUAAACUCUGUAACUGUUUUAAAAUCACCAUUGGCCUCAUGGUGAAAUCCCUGAGCAGUUUCCUUCUUCUCCGGCAACUGAGUUAGGAAGGACGCCUGUAUCUUUGUAUCGACUGGGUGUAUUGAUACCCCAUCCAAAGUGUAAUUAAUAACAUCACCAUGCUCAAAGGGAUAUUCAAAGUCUUGCUUUUAAUUAUUUUUUUUUCUUUUACCCAUCUACCAAUAGGUGCCAUUCUUUGUGAGGCAUUGAAAACCUCCCUGGUCUUUGUGGUUGAAUCUGUGUUUGAAAUUCACUGCUCGACUGAGGGACCUUACAAUUAUCUGGAUGUGUGGGGUACAGAGAGGAGGUAGUUAUUCAAAAAUCAUGUUAAACACUAUUAUUGAACAAAGAGUGAGUCCAUGCAACUUAUUAUGUGACUUGUUAAGCACAUUUUACUCAUGAACGUAUGUAUGGUUGCCAUAACAAAGGGGCUGAAUAUUUAUAGAAUCAAGACAUUUCAGAUUUUAAUUUCUUAUUAAUAAAAAAUAAAUAAUCCACUUUGACAUUAUGGGGUAUUGUGUGUAGAUCAGUGACACAAAAUCAAUUUGAAUUCCGGCUGUCACAACCAAAUGUGGAAUCAAGGGGCGUGAAUUCUUUCUGAAGACACUGUAUGUGUGUGUUAAUCUUCUAUUUUGACAGAGGCCUUCUGUUAGAAUUGCCACCGUUUCUUUCUGUGGUGGUUCUAGGAAUCUGUGUACAUUUGAGCAAGGCUCCGUCCUAAACUGACUUGAGUUGAAAUGGAAUUGACCCCAAGCUAAAACUGACAUACAGUACCUGUCCAUGUAUUAUUCCAUAACUCGCCCAGUAACUGCACCAGAGAUGCUGCUUACAGUAGUUAUUACUAUACUAUUACUAUCCACUCUGUUAUUACUGAUGAUUGUAUAACAAUUCAUUAAGAGGCAAAUCCUAACUUCCAUUUAGGUCAAGUUUUCACUUAGUCUCACUUAGGCCUGGAUUCAAUCCAGAAGCGUGGAUGAUCCUCGUCAUAGCGCACUUGACAUUUAAAGGUCAUUCCCGAUUGAGCCUACAUAGGCAGCAUUUACCGUGAAUGCGGUCUCUGCCAACGCGGAAAUGUUGCCUUUCAAAGGUGCAUAGCCGGAAAGGGCCAAUCGAAUGAAAUGUAUCCCAAAGUCUCCCAGUGACGUCGCUGCUGACCAGGUGAACAUUAUAUUUAAAUGGACGUUAGGUUUGCCCCUAAGUAUUAAUAAUACAUUAAGUUAUGUAGCAGUACGUGAAAUUUCAAAUGCUUCUAUUUGGAUGUUGUGCUGCUUUCCUAGCGUAGCUAAACAAAAUGUCAAACUGUUUUUUGCACAUUUUCUUCCAUGUUUGUUGUUUUUAAGAUGACGGACCAGAGGGACAGUAGUUCUUCUCUGUAUUCAUGUACGGCUCAUGGCGGUACGGUGUUAGAUAUCUAUGGUUAUGUCAUUCUAGAGAUGCAUGUAUACACUGAGUGUACAAAGCAUUAGGACCACCUUCCUAAUAUUGGGUUGCGUCUCCUGUUGCCCUCAGAACAGUUUCAAUUCGUCGGGGCAUGGACUCUAUACGGUGUUGAAUGCAUUCUACAGGGAUGCUGGCCCUUGUUGACAGGGAUGCUGGCCCAAUGCUUCCCACAGCUGUGUCAAGUUGGCUGGAUGUCCUGUGGAUGGUGGACCAUUCUUGAUACAUAUGGGAAACUGUUGAGCGUGAAAAACCCAGCAGCGUUGCAGUUCUUGACACACUCAAACCGGUGCACCUGGCACUUACUACCAUACCCCGUUCAAAGGCACUUAAAUAUUUUGUCUUGCCCAUUCACACUCUGAAUGGCACACACACACACACACACACAAUCUAUGUCUCUAUUGUCUGAAGGCUUAAAAGUCCUUCUUUAAUCUGUCUCCUCCCCUUCAUCUACACUGAUUGAAGUGCAUUUAACAAGUGACAUCAACAAGAGAUCAUAGCUUUCACCUUGAUGCACCUGGUCAGUCUGUCAUAGAUAGAGCAUGUGCUCUUAAUGUUGUGUAUACUCAAUGUAUGUGUGUAGGAUACAAUCCAAUGUACUGUAUUUUUUUUCAUAUGACAAAGUUAAUGUUAUGAGUAGGUCUGAAUGUUUUGUGCAAUUAUGUGACAUGCCUGGAUUUGAACCUUUUAUUUAAAGCUUUUUCAUCAAA